GAUUGUCUUUACCUAACGGGGUCAAAAUGGCGGCAUGCUGCAUGUGAAGAGGUCGAAACGAGAGCCGGCUUUAUGAUUGGAGAACAUGUAUAAAACGCCAUGUAGCAGACUGUCAGGUUUGGUUGGUUUAAGUGUGAAACAGAAAUUAGUUCAAAUUCUUCCCCGAUGUAACCAGACUGCUCGCAGCCUUAUUCAGCUGCACAGAAGAGAUCCAUCAAAUUGGCUGACAUACCAGCAUCUCAGCUUCCUGAAACGGCAGUAUGUUGCAAAGAACAACAGUGAGCUUCACCAACGUGCCAUCCCGAAACAGGCUCCUGUCUUGGCCAUUGUGGAUGAGAGAGAUGACAGCCUUGAAAGACAGUUGCAGAGAAUACCAACUAUUGAUCCUGUGGUCACAGAAAGUAUUCCACAGCCAGAGGAUGUCACCAGUAAGGCACAGCCUGAGCUAUACAACUUGAACUCCGCUGCAGAAGAUGCAACAGCACAGAAAGAUUCUGUGUCCAGUACUGUUGUUACUUCAGAUGAGACUCCACAUGUCCAGAUGGAGACGGAUCAGGCAAGGGAGGCACGUCUAGACAGACAAUGGAAGCAGCUGAAGGUUGACGUGUCUGACUUGCCAGAUAUCUAUGCCAGGCUUGCCAAAAUCAAACUCACAGCACUGGUGGUUACGACUGCAGCAGCUGGCUAUGCAAUGGCUCCUGUGCCCUUUGACCCUGUCAUCUUCUUCGUGGCGUGUCUGGGAACAGGCCUUGCCUCUUGUACUGCCAAUUCAAUCAACCAGUACUUUGAGGUGCCCUUCGACUCUAACAUGAACCGCACAAAGAACCGUCCACUCGUCAGAGGACAAAUCAGUCCCCUCCAUGCAGUGUCCUUUGCUCUGGCCUGUGGAGUUCCUGGAAUUGCUCUGCUCACGCUGGUGGUAAACCCCUUGACGGGCUUCCUGGGGACCCUCAACAUCUUUCUCUACACCUGUUGCUACACACCGCUCAAGAGGCUCAGCAUCGCCAACACCUGGGUGGGAGCAGUGGUGGGUGCUAUACCUCCUGUCAUGGGCUGGACGGCUGCCACAGGUUGUCUGGAUCUAGGUGCCUUGUUACUGGGUGGUUUCCUGUACAGCUGGCAGUUUCCCCACUUUAACGCCCUCAGCUGGAAUUUGAGGGAAGACUACUCCCGUGGCGGCUACCGCAUGAUGUCCGUCACCCACCCUGGCAUGUGCAAGCGGGUGGCCCUGCGCCACAGCGUGGGCCUGAUCGGCCUGUCAACCUUAGCGCCCGUGCUGGACGUAACCACCUGGACCUUCCCAGUGAUCUCCCUACCCAUCAACCUGUACAUCAGCUACCUGGCCUUCCGCUUCUACCAGAAGGGAGACCGCAGCAGUGCCCGCAAGCUGUUCUUCUGCAGCCUCUGGCACCUGCCCAUGCUGCUGCUGCUGGCACUGACUUGCAAGAAGCCUCGCAGAGAUCAGGAGGAUCCAGCUAUACCUCCAGCUUCUUUACCUCUCGCCCUGCAAAGCUAACUAGUUUCAUAGGUGCCCCAACACCAUUAGGACGUCUGAGACCCUUAUUUUAAGUGAGAUGUUCCCUCGGUGUCUCCUUAACCACUUGUUGUGUUUGGAGAGGGCUGGAUGACAGACAUAUUAUUAUAACUGCGUGUUUAAUUUGAGCCAGUGGUGCUCACUACAGAUCAGGAAAUGAGCUGGAAAUAAUUUGGAUCAAAAUAGUUGAUUUACAGAAAACACACUCAAUUAUUACAUCAGGUUGUAAUCAUUUCAAUGUGUGUGUACUGUAUAUGCUCUGUAUUUAUUUAUGAAGGGGCCCACCGGUUCCUCUCCAUGUUGUACAUGACUGAUGUUAAAUGUUCGUGUACUGUGUAAAUUGCUCCUAUGGAUCCACUCAGGCAUCACUGUCUGCGGAUUUGUCAUUGCAUUGUACAAAUUGCAAAAUAGAAGAAAAGUAUGUGUUCUUCAUGGUAUCAAAGAUUUACGGUUGAUUUUUCAGAGUAUGAAAAUAGGACAGAUAUGUAAACUGAAGCCACUUGGAUGCUGCACUUGAUGUCUGUUGACUGUUGUUCGACUUUCACCUGAGCCCAGUUACUUGACAGUUAAUAAGCCUCAUUGCAUUUUGCUACUCAGCAAACACACUGAUGGGUCUUCAUUCAUUUACAUAAUGCUUUAAUUCAACACGGUUCGCCUGCACCAAAAUGCAAGGGCAAAUGCUCUCUAACAAUAAACAUGUCAUGAUUGUA